AUGGAAACCGGAAAGCAGCAGAUCGAGGAAGACGAACAGCGACAGCGGAGCGAGCUCACUUCGGCGAUUACCCGCUUCAUGCGGCGGGUGCCGAAGAGAGCUCACAUUGAAGAGCAGCACGAACCCGGCAGAUUCGUUCGACCGCUAUCUCCAAUUCACGACAAUGGCGCAGCUGGUAGUGAUGCCGAACUUCCAGAAACUUCGCACAAGGUUAUUAAUCGGAAAGUUACGGAGAAACUUACAAAUGAGUUAUCCAGAGUGAAAGCAGAACUUGAAAUGAUGCGAUUGGAGAAAGAGAAGCUAUGUCAGAUUUUGGCUAAUAGAGGUCAUGAAGAAAACGAGUUCUAUACAGCUAGAUCGAGUACGAUGCGUGAGGAACAAGCUACCACAAACGAGACAUUCCUCACAACGAUGAGUUAUAUGUCCCGGAGUACUCUAAAUAUACCCGAAUGUGCUCCAAUAGCUGGCGAGACGGAACUAAACAAGCGAUCAAACGACCAUUGGAAAAACGUGUUGAAUGCAUCCAUGAACCUUAUUCAAGCUACCGAUGAGUCAACUAAGAUGAAUUUGUUUCGUAUCAAAGCUGGUCCUCUACUACUUGAACUACUUGAUGGUACCAACAAACAAGACGGAAUGCCAGAUGAGAAACAAGAUCCAUUCUUGAACGCAAUUGCCCGGUUGGAUGCGCAUUUUGCUUCAAGAGCAUACGGACUGUCUCAGCGAAGUAAGUUGGCCAAUAUGGUACAAAGCAAUGGAGAAUCGAACAUCCAAUAUGUACAACGGGUUGCGGCGGCAUCAAAAUUAUGCAAUUAUAAACAGGAUGAAGAAUUCGAAGCAAUUUCUAGAACAGUGACCAGAGGGUCGACAGAUAGUCGUAUUAGAACUUUUGCCUACCGAGUAUUAAUCAAUGGAGGCUCCCUAACGAUUUGA